AUGUGCUCAUUCCAUACCUCCAUUCCCCCUACAAUACACAUUACUCAAGCAGUACACUCACUGCAGCUUCCAACACUUACUAUAACCGCUGCAGCUCCCCACACCUCCUAUAACUCACACUGCCUGAGCAGCGCACUCACUGCAGCUCCCCACACCUCCUAUAUCCCACACUACCUGAACAGCAUGCUCACUGCAGCUCCCCACACCUCCUAUAUCCCACACUACCUGAACAGCACACUCACUGCAGCUCCCCAUACCUCCUAUAUCCCACACUACCUGAACAGCAUGCUCACUGUAGCUCCUCACAUCUCCUAUAAGCCACACUACCUGAGCAGCACACUCACUGCAGUUCUCCACACCUCUUAUAACCCACACUACCUGAGCAACACACUCACUGCAGUUUCCCACACCUCCUAUAACCCACACUGCCCAAGCAGCAUGUUCACUGCAGCUCCCCACACCUCCUAUAACCCACACUACCUGAGCAGCACGCUCACUGCAGCUCCCCACACCUCCUAUAACACACACUACCUGAGCAGCACACUCACUGCAGCUCCCCACAUCUCCUAUAACACACACUACCUGAGCAGCACACUCACUGCAGCUCCCCACACCUCCCAUAACUCACACUACCUGAGCAGCAUGCUCACUGUAGAUCUCCACACCUCAUAUAACACGCACCCCUGA